UCAAUCUCGAGUCUCAGUUUUUGAGGUGGAGAAUAUGAGUUUUACUUCUUCAACUGCAUCUUACGAAAGGCUAGAGGGCAAGGUGGCAAUUAUCACCGGCGGUGCAAGCGGGAUAGGAGCAAGCGCCGUGCGCAUAUUCCACGAGCAAGGUGCCAAAGUUGUGUUAGCCGACAUCCAAGACGACCUCGGCGAAGCCAUUGCCAAAAACCUUGGCGAACAUGUCUGCUACAUCCACUGCGACGUAUCAAAGGAAGACGAUGUUAGGGACCUUGUGGACGCAACCAUUGCCAAACAUGGAAAGCUCGACAUCAUGUACAACAAUGCAGGCGUCAUGGACCGCCCCUUUGGGAGCAUUCUGGACACCACAAAGGCGGACCUCGACCGAUGCGUCGGGGUUAACUUGGGUGGUGCAUUUUUAGGUGCCAAGCAUGCCGCAAGAGUCAUGGUACCCCGACACAAGGGUGUAAUAUUAUUUACCGCUAGCGCGUGCACAUCAAUUGCGGGGCUUUCAACUCACUCUUACGCUGCGUCCAAAUAUGCAAUAUGGGGUCUAGCCAGGAACUUGGCGGCGGAGCUUGGGCAGCACGGCGUAAGAGUGAAUUGUGUAUCGCCGUUUGCGGUGCUGACCGGCAUGAAUUCAAAGGGAAUGCACGAAGACGCCAUUGCCCAAUCAGAAGUUGCAGUGAGCGGGAUGGGGAACCUCAAGGGGGAAGUACUCAAGCCAGAGGGCAUUGCUCGGGCUGCGCUCUACCUAGCUAGCGAUGAAGCCAAUUUUGUGAGCGGGCUCAACCUUGUGGUGGACGGUGGGUUCAGUGUGGUCAAUCCUUCCAUGUCGAUGGCUCAUAAACUUGUUCCAGAAAACUAG